ACGCGUUUAGGCCAAUGGUGGAACGCGCGCUCGCUCACCCCCUCCCCCUGGCGGAGGCGACGUGCGCGGCCCCGCGUGCCCGAGCUGGUGGAGCCGGAAGUCGGGACGUGGCCGGCGCUGUGAGGGCAGUAGGAUGGCGGUGGUGAGCGGCGCAGAGCGGCUAGAGGUGUCCAUAGACGGCUUGACCCUGAGUCCCGACUCGGAAGAACUGAGCCGUCCCGGGGUUGGGGAUGUCAGUCUCGCGGAGCAAGAGGACGACUUGAGCCAGGAGCUGCGGGCACAGACAGAGGCGGCGGCCCUAAGUAUGGAGCAGCGCUGGGGCUUUAGCCUGGAGGAAAUUUAUGGCCUCGCCCUCAGGUUCUUUAAAGAGAAGGAAGGGAAGGCUUUUAACCCCACAUAUGAAGAGAAGCUGAGGCUGGUGGCGCUGCACAAACAGGUCCUCCUGGGUCCGUAUAACCCGGACACUUGUCCCGAAAUUGGAUUCUUUGACGUACUGGGAAAUGACCGAAGGAAAGAAUGGGCUGCUCUGGGCAACAUGGACAGACAGGAGGCCAUGACAGAAUUUGUGUCGCUGCUCAAUAGAUGCUGUCAACUUUUCUCCACCUACGUCACAUCCCACAAGAUCGAGCGGGAGGAGCAGGAGAGGAGGAGGAGGGAGGAGGAGGAGCACCGGAGGAAAAUGGAAGAGGAGCGAGAGCGCUUGCAGAGAGAGGAGGAAAGGCGAAGGAAAGAAGAGGAGGAAAGACUGAGGCGCGAGGAAGAGGAAAGGUUACGGGCUGAAGAUGAACGAUUCCGUAUGGAGCAGCAGAAGCAGCAGAUUAUGGCAGCGCUGAACUCACAGACAGCAGUGCAGUUCCAACAGUAUGCGGCCCAGCAGUACCCUGGCAACUUUGAGCAGCAACAGAUCCUUAUCCGUCAGCUCCAGGAGCAGCAUUACCAGCAGUACAUGCAACAACUCUAUCAAGUGCAACUUGCUCAGCAGCAGGCUGCAAUACAGAAGCAACAGGAGGCAGCAGUAGCCGGAUCAUGCUCUCCAUUGAACUCCCCCUCGAAGAUGCUCUCUGUAAGCUCAACAGCCUCUGGCGAUACCCCUUCAGUUAAUGGCCAGAGUCACUGUCACAUAGACAGCAAUGACACAGAACUGGAGUCUGACCCCUUAGAAGGUCUUCUGGAGAAUGGGCCAAAAGAGUCCUCGCCAGUAGUAGCCGCACCCUCCAUGUGGACACGCCCUCAGAUCAAGGACUUCAAAGAGAAAAUCCGUCAGGACGCCGACUCGGUGAUAACAGUGGGGCGCGGGGAGGUGGUGACAGUCAGAGUCCCCACCCACGAGGAAGGUUCCUAUCUCUUCUGGGAGUUUGCUACAGAUAAUUAUGACAUUGGUUUCGGGGUUUAUUUUGAAUGGACAGACUCUACGAAUACGGCAGUCAGUGUGCACGUCAGUGAGUCCAGCGAGGAUGAGGAGGAAGAUGAAGGAUACACAGUGGGAAGGCGGUCCCUGCCCCGUAGAGCUUACAGUCUAAGUGUAUGGGAGCCCAACAUACAGGAACAAAUUGGAGAAGAAAAAGUGCACAAGAAAAGACAAACGGCGAAGAAAAGGCCAAAAAGGAAGGCAACAAGCCUCAGCUGGAUGAGAUUGUGCCCGUGUACAGAAGGGAUUGUCACGAAGAAGUUUACGCAGGGAGCCACCAGUACCCGGGCAGAGGGGUUUAUCUGCUCAAAUUCGACAAUUCCUACUCCUUGUGGAGGGCCAAGUCUGUGUACUACAGAGUGUACUAUACUAGAUAAGGGGUGGCUGCUGUGCUGUGGAUCUGGACCUUUUUAAUCAGUGUUGUCUCUCCUUCUGGCAGCCCCCUGGUGUGAUGUCAUUAGCCCAACACCAAGCCUGCUUGCCACCGUUUAACUAUAAGGAGUAACUGGUGUUCAGGCUGUAAACACGGCACUAUCCCAGCUUUCUGUAUGGUAAGAAGCCUAAGGGUUCCAUGUUGUUUAGCAAAUUGUGAUUAAACCUCCCCAAUAUCCACAACCAAUCGUAAAGGUCAGGCUCAGCUUCCUGCUCAAUCUGCUCCCCCCCAGCUAACAUGGUAUCAUCCAAGUGGCCAGGGAUCCUGCUUCUUAAAGGGCCGCUGCACUUUACACCAGCAGUAAUGGGCAUUAGACACUGGAAACACCAGACUCACGUGUUUAUCUCCCAUAUUGGUGCCAAGCAGAUAAAAGAGGGCGAUGUUGCUGCAUAUGUCAUUGGUGUUGAAAUCAAAUGUCCCUGCCAGGAGAAGAUCUGUAUGGAAGUUGGGAAUGCUCUGAAGAUCUUGCAGCUAAAGAAGCCUGUUGUUGUAAGCAGAUACCACCCAGCAGUGUGGGGCACAGCUGAACUAGAACUUCUUUUCACAGCCUUCUGGCAGUUUUAGUCUGGCAGUUGCCUUUCAAGAGUCACCCAGCUUUGCAGCUGUCACACACAUAAAGGUCGAACAUCAGAAUCCGGGAUUCGCCAUUGGACUUUCAAUCACACUGCAGUUUGGCUCUCAAUGAUGGGACCCUGAGUUCACUACACACAUUGCAGUGUGGCCCUGUUUAUUUAGGAAUAGCCAUUCCCAUGCCAAAAUUCGCCCUUCCCCCACCCCUGGUACUGGCUAGAGAUAACUGGCAACAUCAAGUUAUGGCAUCAGCUGGCAGUUGCUGGGUUGUGCAGAGAGUAAUAUAGAGAGACAUGUUAUAAGAAGAUGUGAAAAUGAUAUCAUUUGGGAAAAAUCAUUUAGUUGGUGAAUGUAUUUUUGAUAGAGGCCGAUAGGACUGAUUUAAAUGACUGGAGCCUUUGCAGCGUUGCCUUUCAGCAAGGAUUUGUAGCCGUCAGGCAUCUCUACUGAGAUCUUUCCCUUUCAUGCUCCACCUAGUGGCCCAAUGCAGAAGUUACUAGUAAAUAUUUCAUUUUUAUUUGUUAUGGGUUGGGUCGUGAUCGGAGGCAGUGUCGGACUGGCCCACUGGGAUACCAGGAAAACUCCCGACGGGCCCAGGUGUCAGUGGCCCUCAUGCUGCUAAAUGUGUGGCCUAUUUCGUGGUCAUUCCCUAUUUCUAUGAGAACAAAGUGGCUAAAUAUUUGGAAACAUAGAUUAUAGUAUUAGUUUGUAAAGAAAAGAGACCAUGAGAAUAGAGGUUGACUGAGGAGAGGAAGAAAAUAGUACUGAGGGUGGGCCCCUGGUCUAAAAACUUUUGGUGGGCCCUGGUCAAAGGUUUUUGGGUGGCCCCUGGUGUCCCAGUCCGACACUGAUCAGAGGAAGCCAAAGUGACUGUAUAGGCUAUUGGUGUUAUUAAUGAUGGGGGAGAAUAAUGGAAAAACGUGCCAGUUAUUUAUAAUAAACACACGCAAUCACCAUGGCAAUGAAUGUAGGGCUGCACCGAAUCCGCUGUUUUGGAUUUGCCCGUACCACCGAAUCCUUCGUGAAAGAUUUAUCUGAGUCUUUGCAUAUGCAAAUUAGGGGUGGGAAAAAUGUUUUACUUUCCUUCCCGCCACCAAUUUGCAUAUGCAAAUUAGAGUUCGCCGACGCCUGGAUUCAGUGCAUCCCUAGAAGAAAGUUGUCUGAUUGGCUGAUUUAUGUUGCACUUGUCCACUUUCUUUUCUCUCUGUGAUUUUCCCUUAAUCCCCCCUUAGCCGGCAGUGUUGGUUACACCCGUCCUCUCCAUUUGCUUCUUUACCAGACAGGCCGAGAGCGCAGGCCUCAUGGGUGUCACAUGGACUGAAUAAAUCCGACCUUUAUGUUGUUACACAAUAAAUAUAUAUAUAUAUGAACCCCUGCUGGUUGCAACACAGUGUGCGCCACUCACCCAAGGGGGGAUGUAGAAAAGUAGCAGUUUCUUAAAGGUUUUCAAUAUCUCGAUCUGCUCGAUGCAUGGAUUUGUACAUAUAUAUAUAUAUAAAUGUUCUCUUUAUUUGGUUUUUUUGCUUGGGAAAUAAAUGUUUGAGCAGA